AUGGACGCGGCAGUUGAGUCUGUCAGCGCAAGCGACAAGCCAACCGGCAAUGCCUCAACUCCAAAUCGCGUCGCAUCUCCCGGUAAGACAAACUCCGUUAGCACCAGGGCGGAAGAAGCUGAUGCGGCCUCGUCCAUUGACACGAGCGGAGAUCAAGCCACUGAAGUGCCAUUGCAAGCAUCGUUUCUGGGACUUCCUGCAGAAAUGAGGCUGCGUAUCUACGACCAUCUACUGGAUGCCGGUCGGCGACCUGCCUCCGAGAUUGCAAAUCCCCUCCUGCCCGCUCGGUGGCAUUGCUGUUUUAAUGACACCAGAGGAGGAAGAAUGAAGUGUACCUGCACAAGCACUGUCUAUCCAGCCAUAUUGAGAGUUUGUAAGCUUGUGAACCAGGAGGCACUGCCGGUUCUACGCGCUUCUCUUGAGAUACGCAUCGACACACCAGCGAUCUUCGGCCGCGCAAUCGAUUUUGACCACGUUGAGCUGCUGAACCUGAUCCGCUCAGGAGAAGGCUUGGGCGUUCACAUCGAGCGUUUAUUUCUCGCCACUUCAAUGAGAAAGCUUCCAAUUCGGGUUCAACGUGGCGAGUCACGCUCGAACCAACUGAAACCUCUAUGGGCAGAACUCGCGGCCAGAGUUUUUAACAUCAAGAGCUUCCGCUUCUACCUUUGCUUCAAUAUGAACUUGAAAGUGGUCGACGAGACCUUCGAUUAUGAUGAGAUCUUGGGCCUUCUCGUUCUAUCGAAGCUUCGAAAGCUGAUCUUUGAAGUCUUCGUCGUUGAAGAAUUCGUCGGGACGACGGACAGGGCAGGAUCGAACUUGAAUGACUUCCUGCACAAGCUGAAGCAGAAGGCUGACGACAGGAUCAAGGAACUGGGCAGAGAGGUUGAAGUGACAACGAUCUUGCGGGAGGAGGUGACGAUGAACGGCAGUAAAGGUGAAUAG